CACAACCCCACAAACAAACCAUGAAGCACCUAUCCCCACUCACCAUUCUCCAUCUCCUCCUCACCAUCCUCUCCCAAUCCCCAUCCUCUCUCUCCGAGAAAUGCCACCCUCAAGACAAACAAGCCCUCCUCACCAUCAAGAAGGCCUUCAAAAACGACUACUACUUCGCCUCGUGGAAGCCCGAUACCGACUGCUGUGACUGGUACGUCGCCAAAUGCGACCGCGCCACCAACCGCAUCACCUCCCUCGCCAUCUUCGACUACAACCUCUCUGGCCCCAUCCCCCGUGCCCUCGCCGACCUCCCCUUCCUCGACACGCUCGUCAUCCACACCACUAACAUAUCCGGCCCAAUCCCGUCCGAAUUAGGCAAGCUCAAAAACCUCAAGUUCCUGCGCCUGGACCAUAACAGCCUCAGUGGGCCGAUCCCGGCUGCAUUGGGCCAGCUCAAGGGCCUGGCCAGUCUUUUCCUGGACCAUAACAAGCUUACCGGGGCUUUGCCAAAUGGGCUGGCGGGCUUGGCGGCUUUGAGAGAUUUUGAUGUCAGCUACAACGGCUUGUGUGGCCGGAUUCCAACAGGCGGAGCCUUGCAGAAAGUGGACUCCUCGGCUUAUUCGAAUAAUAAGUGUUUGUGUGGAUCACCAUUGCCAAACUGCAAAUGAUUGCUGUUGUAAUCUCCUGUUAAUUUCCAUCUUUGUGGAAUCUUGAAUAAAAAUUUCUUCCUAAA